GGGCGUUAUAUCCGUCACCUAGUGAUGUUCUCUCCGUGCUGUGCAACUUUAGUCCCCGGCUUUAAAGGCCUCAUCGGGGAGUAAGGUAAAUAACAGAGACCAGCAGCCCGUUCCGCACACACUGGGGGAAGAUAUGAGGCUGUACACGUGCUGGAGCUCAUACACAGAGUACAGCGGGGGGCGGGGGUAUACCUCGUGUUCACUCACAUGCGGUACCGUAUGGAGGAAUAGUAACAUCGCCAGGGAGCAUGCGUGACUUGCCGGGUUUUAUAGGAACUUUUAUACCAAAAGAAGUUUUUCAAAAUCAGAGAAAAUGCAGCGACUUCUUAGGAAGAGGCCAUGUUUGUCAUGUGCUUGGAGGAUGAUAUACUUGAGAUGCCACAAAAGCACAAUGACCUCCCAUUUACUGAAUGAAGACCACGUUGCUGAUACAUCACAGAGACGUAUGAACCCCCUCAAUAUACAGAUGCUGUCUAAAGGACUUCAUGAGCAAAUAUUCAAGGUUGCACAAGUAGAAUAUUGUGAAGAAGACACUCUGAAGAGCAUAGAUCAUUUGAGGAGCCAUGAACUUUGGGGUCAGGAGACCUCUAACCUUCAAGAUGUGAAUAUAAAGCUUCCCAAGAUGUAUGGCAGCAACAUUGAAGAGCACUUCCAAAUUCUAGCUCAGAAACAAAGUUUUCCUUAUCUAAAGGCAGCCAAUGAGCUCUUGCAAUGUAAACUUCCAGACAUGCCUCAAGAGUGGGCCUGGCAAACUGGCUGGACCAAGUACACCAAAGAGGGCGGGAAGGAACAAGUUGACUUUCCAGAUGAGCAAGCAUUAGUGUUUGAUGUGGAAGUAUGCAUGUCUGAGGGACAAUGUCCAACAAUGGCUGUGGCUGUUUCAUCCCAACAUUGGUAUUCGUGGUGUAGCAGACGGCUCAUAGAAGACCGAUAUACAUGGUCUAACCAAAUGUCUCUAUCCGAUUUUAUUCCACUUGAGACGUCCAUAAAAUCAAAUGCAUUGAACAAACCCAGUUGGACGGAGAGACUAGUGGUAGGACACAACGUCAGCUUUGAUAGAGCACUCAUUAAAGAACAGUAUCUCCUCAAAGGCUCAAAAAUGCGUUUUAUGGACACAAUGAGCAUACAUAUGGCCGUGUCGGGCCUUACUGGAUUUCAGCGCAGCUUAUGGAUGGCAAGUAAAUACGGCAGGAAGAAAGGACUGCAGGAAGUGAAGCAGCACAUCAUGAAAACGCGCAACAAGGGGGAAGGUCCUGCAAUAAGUUCAUGGGAGUGGGUAAAUGUUAGUAGCAUUAAUAAUCUUGCUGAUGUCCAUGCACUGUAUGUUGGAGGCCCUCCAUUGGAAAAAGAGGCACGGGACUUGUUUGUAAAAGGAAGUAUGGCAGAUAUCAGAGCUCAGUUCCAGGAUCUUGUUGAGUAUUGUGCCCUUGAUGUGAAAGCUACGUUUGAGGUCUUUCAGGAGACGUUUCCAAUCUUUAUAGAAAGGUGUCCUCAUCCUGUAACCCUAGCUGGGAUGCUAGAAAUGGGUGUUCCCUACUUACCAGUGAACCAAAACUGGGAGAGAUAUCUAGAUGAGGCUCAACUGACAUAUGAGGAGCUGCAGAAAGAGAUGAAGAAAUCCCUCAUGAACCUGGCAAAUGAUGCCUGUCAGCUGCUGCUUGAUGAUAGAUACAAGACUGAUCCUUGGCUUUGGGAUUUAGAGUGGGAUGUUCAAGAAUUCAAGCAGAAGAAGAUAAAAACUGGCAAAAAGAAAGAUAUCAAAUCUGUUUCAAAAUGUAAUGCAAGGAAUCAGGAUUUCACAGAUCCACAUGAAGAUUAUGGACCUCCCAGUGAAGAAGAGGAAUCACAGCCACUGCCUGGUAAACUUUACUUGGAUGAUAUCAUAGAGAAAACUCUUCCAUACUUGCCUAAAAGAAGUCAACAUAUGCCAGGGCACCCUGGAUGGUAUCGUAAGCUUUGUCCAAGACUGAAUGAUCCUGACUGGGUUCCUGGUCCAAGCCUUAUCAGCCUUCAGAUGAGGUUAACUCCUAAACUGAUGCGAUUGACUUGGGAUGGCUUUCCACUGCACUUCUCUGAGAAGCAUGGUUGGGGAUACCUUGUUCCAGGACGGAUGGACAAUCUUUUGACCGGUGAAGUAGAACAUGAUGAUUAUGAUGUUAAAAAAGACUGUCCUUACAAAGCAAUCGAAAAUGUGUACACUGAACAUUGUAACAAAGCAAACAGCGUCUCCGGGGAACAUGACUCAAUUGUACAGGACGAGUUCAUGCUUACUGAGGACAGCAGUAUCUGGCAAAAGGUAGAAGAGCUUAGUCGACUGGAGAAUGAUACUAACCUUGAGGGACCAACCAAAUUAACUUCAAAGAAGAAGAGUAAAUCAAAGCAGCCUGCUGAACUGCAACUUCAGUUGGAAAACUCUGUGCCUCAUCACCAUGGAAAUGGCCCUUGCGAUGACGUGAAUGUUUCAGGAUGCUGGUUCUACCGUUUGCCGCACAAAGAUGGGAAUGACAAUAAUGUGGGGAGCCCAUUUGCCAAGGAUUUUCUCCCUAAGAUGGAAGAUGGCACAUUACAGGCCAGUACUGGAGGCACCAGUGCCACCCGGGCAUUGGAGAUUAACAAGAUGAUCUCAUUUUGGAGGAACGCGCACAAGCGCAUCAGUUCUCAGAAGGUCGUCUGGCUGAAGAAAGGGGAACUGCCACGCACCGUCACCAGGAAUCCUGAUUUUGAUGAAGAACAUAAGUAUGGGGCUAUCCUUCCUCAAGUGAUCUCUGCAGGAACCAUUACACGCAGAGCGGUGGAGCCAACCUGGCUGACGGCCAGUAAUGCACGUACUGACCGUAUUGGUAGUGAACUAAAGGCUAUGGUUCAGACACCUCCAGGAUACCAUAUGGUUGGUGCAGAUGUAGAUUCUCAGGAGCUCUGGAUAGCAGCGAUCCUCGGAGAAGCGCACUUUGCUGGAAUUCAUGGCUGCACUGCCUUUGGGUGGAUGACAUUACAGGGCAAGAAGAGCAGUGGAACAGACUUGCACAGUAAGACGGCUUCAACAGUAGGGAUAAGUAGAGAACACGCAAAAGUCUUCAAUUACGGACGCAUCUAUGGAGCAGGACAGCCUUUUGCAGAGCGGCUGCUAAUGCAGUUUAAUCAUCGUCUCACCCAAGAACAGGCAGCUGAAAAAGCCAAGCAGAUGUACGCAGUGACAAAGGGAGUCCGGAGGUAUAUCUUAUCUGAAGAUGCAGAAUGGCUGGUAGAACAGCUUGGAAUCUCAGUUGAGAGAGGAGAAGAAAACUCUGUGAGCUUGGGGGAUGUGAGAAAGAUUCAAAAACAUGCAUCAAUAAACUCUAGAAGGAAGUGGAACUUAAUAAGUCGGAAAAUUUGGACGGGAGGUACAGAGUCACAAAUGUUUAACAAACUGGAGAGCAUAGCCAUGAGUCCUACCCCCAGUACUCCUGUCCUAGGAUGUCGCAUCAGCAGAGCACUGGAACCUGCGGCUGUAAAAGGAGAGUUCAUAACCAGUAGAGUUAACUGGGUUGUCCAGAGUUCGGCCGUCGACUACCUUCAUCUUAUGCUAGUAGCCAUGAAGUGGCUUUUUGAGCAGUACGACAUUGAUGGACGUUUUUGCAUUAGUAUCCAUGAUGAAGUCCGCUAUUUAGUCCGUAGCGAGGACAGAUACAGAGCAGCAUUAGCUCUUCAGAUCACAAAUCUACUUACAAGGUGUAUGUUUGCCUACAAGUUAGGGAUGCAGGAUUUGCCCCAGUCGGUGGCAUUUUUUAGUGCAGUAGAUAUUGAUCGGUGCCUGAGAAAAGAAGUGAACAUGGAUUGUGAAACGCCAUCAAACCCAACUGGUUUAGAGCAGAGAUGUGGCAUUCCCCCAGGUGAAGCAUUGGAUAUCUAUGAAUUGCUUAAAGAAACAAAUGGAGUUUUGGAAAAAGGAAGCUGACCCAUUUAUACUUUAUACCUGUAAAUUAGACUCGUUCACAUCCAACUCCUAUGUAUUCAUGAAGCCAAAUAACGUUACGGGGUACUAACAUAAUUUGGCCUGCCUAUUGCAGUUAUGUAAUAUGCAUAAAUCCCCUUGUUGUUAAUGGGAAUUGCACAAACAGUGUAGCCCCGCAACAUAUGCUGGUUUGAUCACUCCCAGAGUUAUGUCAUCAACAUAUCUUUGGGGCUACACCAUUGAAGUCAAUGAGAGUUAUGCAAGUUGCAUAGCCUCGCUGCUUUCGGCUUCCUGGCCAGUAAUCCAAAAUGAGGAGAUGGGAAUAAUCCUGUAAUAAUGUUUCAGUUCAUGUAGAUUGCACCAACGUAAAUAUUAAUUUUAACACAUGUAAACAAAAACAUGUAAAUAAAGCUGUUAAAAAUG